GUGUGUUUAGUGCAGAUUUGACAUCCCUGAGAAUGUGCACCACAGUCCUGCCCAUAUGGGGGACAAAGCAGCCAAUGACAGGAUGAUUAUAAAAGCCGACUUCUGCGUGACCUCACCAAUGGGCGGGAACUUGCAGUGUUUCCCUGCCCGCCUCUCCUCCUGCCGCUGAAUGCUUCUGUUUUGUGCGCGCAUGUGAGCGCAGAAGGCGCCGACUGACUCCGUAAAACCUCGUCUAUGUGGUGCUGAAGUGGACAGCUCCCCGAUGGCUCCUGAGCUCUAAAAACUAUUUUCUGCGGGAAUAUUUUUUGAAACAUAUAUCGAUUGUAAAAUCGAUCCUCGAAUCGAUCGAGACGCCUUUUACAAACAAAGUGCAGUUAAAGGCGGAUGCUGUGAAACCUGUAGCUGCUGGAUCAGAAAUUUUGCCACCAUUAUUGCAGAAAAGGGAUCUUGACCUGCAAGAAUCGCCCUGUGGCGCUGAUCUCGAGUGGGGGAAAUGCGCAAAGAUCGCCGAAAGCUUUUACGCAGGCAUUCACAAUAAUUAAGCCGCUCGGCUGCGCCUGAAGGAACAUGGACAGAUCUACUGCCUGGAAGGGAUUUGCAGAACUGUGGGCGCGCUCCUCUGGAAACUAAACUCGGGACAGCGAGCACCAACAUCACAUCAAACCUCAUUAUUUCCUCAGUUUCAGGCGUUUCGCAAUCCGCCAUGGGGAAAGAAGAAUGCAAAACCAUGCUGGAUGCUCUGAACAAAGUCACCGCUUGCUAUAGACAUCUGGCCAUGGCUUUGGGCAGCACCUCAGAUUCGCAGAACCUACGGGAGGAACUGAAGAAGACCCGCACAAAGGCUCAGGAGCUGGCUCUAGCCAACAGGACUAAACUGACAUCUCUGCUCAAAGACAAGAGCAUCAGCAAAGAGGACCGCGCAGAGUACGAGCGCCUCUGGGUGGUGUUCUCCAGCAGCAUGGAGCUGCUGGAGGUGGACAUGAAACGCUCCCUGGAGCUCGGACAGGAUUUCCCCCUCAAGGUUCCGACCAGACACCUCAUCCAGACGGGGAUGACCGGCAGCACCACGUACGUGGCGGCGCGCGCCAUGAGCGCGCAGAACAUGAGGUACGAGGCGGACAGCAACAUCGACACGGCCGACCUGAGGGAGCUGCAGUGCGAGAUCGCUCAGGUCAGCCAGAUGAUGGAGGAGAUGGAGAUGAAGGUGCAGGUGGCACCGUGGGCCGUGGAAGCAAAGCAGGAGGCGGGGGCGGAGCUGAAGUCCAACGUGAGCGGGGGGAAUUCCUCCGUGGGCGUUAUCUCCAUCUGCGACGAGGAGCCCAAAGGGGAGGAGGGAGGACGCGGCGGCACGGACGCCAGUUUGGCGUCGAUGUGCGCGGUGUUUGUGUUCUUUGUCAUCGUCACGGUCGCCCUGGUUUUGGGAUAUUUGGUGAUCAAUAUGUCGUGAACUGGAUUACCCACAGUUCAUCGUGGCAGGGCGGACGCACGCCGCACACAGGCGCGUCACUGUGGGAGGGGGACCACUUCGAGUGCGCACACUCAUCUUUUUCAAAUUUGUGAAUGCAUUUGGUGGAGUUGAGGAGUUGCACUAGAUACAUUUAUAGAAUGAAUGAGUUAGCA